GACGCACGCGUGUGACUCAGUUGCUGAAAAAGCGCGCGCGUCUUCCUUUCCCACGACGACGGAGGAGGAGGAGAGAAGCAAACUGAGAAACUCAUCAGAGAAAGGGAAGGGACGAUCUCUUUAUUCUACCGAUCUGAUCGAUUUUUUUUUUGUUUGGAUGAGAUAAAGAAUAGGUCAGUAAAGCUUUCUGAUGGAUGAGUCGUUCGCUAAUCUAGAGACUAGCCAUUUGAUUGGUUCAGUUCCCGCUGUGAUCAGCGACGACAACAAAAGCACAAAUGUACAUACAGCAAGCGUAAACGAAGGCCCAUCUGCGAACAUUCAGAUAUUUCCACCGCAUCAAGGAAACAACAAUGCAAAAGGUUAUCAAACUCUUGACACCCCAACAGAAAGACCUGAACAACAGCCAUCGAACAGUUGGAAGGGGUUCUUUAACGUCUACUCGUACACCCAGUACUUCGACGUGGACACUGACGUUGUUGUGAACAGAUUGAUGAGCUCCUUGUAUCCCACUAGUGGUGAUUUUUUCAACAAGAUUGAUGCCAACCCUGAUAUUCAAGUGUUUAUUAGGUAUGGACUUGUUUGGAUCUGCACUACGCUUGUGUUUGUGCUUUCCUCUCUCGGAAACUGCGCCACGUACCUCGUGAAGAAACGAACCGACGGUGAAGCACCUUGGGUCUUUGAUGUGAACUACAUAAACUUGGCAGCAUCUAUAAUCUACGGCUACGCAAUAAUCGUGCCUCUGGCGUUUUACUUCUCGCUCCGGUACAUGGGGUCCAGAGCUGAUCUCCUAAGAUUCUGGUGCCUCUGGGGUUACUCUCUCUUCAUUUUCAUUCCAACCUCCCUGCCAUUGCUUAUUCCAGUGGAGUUUCUGAGAUGGGUGAUAAUACUCUCAGCUGGUAGCGCAUCAUCGUGCUUUGUUGCUCUUAAUCUACGGUCUUACCUUGAAGGGAGCAAUGAUCUGACGGUUGUAGUGGCUGCAGCAGUUGGUCUGCAAAUGGUUCUUUCGAUCUUCAUCAAAGUCUGGUUCUUUCCUUAAUCUCCACACACCACACUACAGAACAUAUAUAAUAAUGUUUGUUAAAAACGUUUAGAUUUGAUGUGCUGUGGUGGAACAGAGAACGUCUUUACUAGAGAAUGAAAUACACAAAGUAAGAGAAGAAGGAACUAUACAGUGAACCGUUCUGAUUCGUUUUUUGCUGGCUGUUUGUAACGAAUGUGUUUGUUUUGAGUAGGAUUGUGUGUUUUUUUUUUGUUUGUUUGUUAUAGCUUCUUUGCUUGUGAAUUUAAGAAAAAAUAUUAAAAAGGAAGAAGAUUCACAAGAUUUUUUUUUAUGA